AAGAAUCAGACAUCAGUAAUUUUUUCCUGCAUUCCUCCUGAGAUGAAGACUCUGGUGCUAUCAGUGGCCCUGCUGGCGAUCUGCUCCGCGGCUCCUGAAGACUACCACGAGACCCUGGACGAUUUCUUCGACUUCACCAAGGUCAGCUCGCAGGAGAUCAGGGACGGCGCAUUCUGUCUGAACGACGAGGGUCCCUGCUCCGAGUUGUUUGCCAGCUACAAGCAGCACUAUCCAACAGUCAUCAUGGAGAACUGCGCUCGCUGCAACAGCGACCAGAAGAAAACCGCUCUGGUAUACUUCGAUCGUCUGAAGAACGAGUGGCCCCAGGACUUCCAGAAGUUCCUCAACAAGUACGACCCUCAGCGCCAGGGAUGGGACAGGUUCUACCAGACACUGAAGGGCGCGAGGGCCUGA